UGAUUUAAUUAAUUAAUUAGUUAAAUAAAAAUAACUAAUAUUAGUAAACCCCAACUAAAAAGCCGUCAACAAUAACAACACUCAAUAGUGUCCACAAAAGAGAUGCAUCGGUCGGCGCGUAACACAUCAACUGGCGGUGGCCACAGUCACGGCCACAGCGGUGGUGGCGGCGGCGGUGGUGGUGGACGUCCACCUAAGGAUAGGGCACAGACUCCAGAGGGUGUCUAUCAUAACGGCCGGCUCAUGCAUUGUACGACAUCGCUGGUCGGCUGUCUCGUCCAUAUCGAGUGCAAAGACGGCACCAAAUAUGAGGGCGUUUUGCGUACCUUUUCGCCCGAUUUUGAAUUGGUCAUCGACUAUGUAACCAAAGUUGACGCCAACACUCCAGCAAUUAUCGGUUCAAAUAUUGGCACACUGUUGGCCAGUCUGGAGGCCAACUACGAGGUUUCGCCGCGAGUUAUCUUCCAGUUUGCAGAUGUGGUUAAAUUGCAUGCAAUUAAUGUCGACUUGAAUUUUGCCACAAAUAAAGGCCAUAUGUUGACCGACACAGAGAUCAGUCGAUUCGACGCUAAACAGUUGAAUCGCGACCGAGAACUGGUACCCUGGGAUGGGGGAGCCGGUGAUAGUGGCGAUGACCUCGACCUCGAAUGCGACCACAAUGGCAGCACUCAGAAUGGUUGGGAUCCGGACGAUAUGUUUCGUACUAAUGAAACCAAAUUUCAGGUCAAAAGCAAUUUUAAUCCAAAUCUGGAUCAAUACACCUGUGCACUGCCUACGGGAGAGGGCGAAGAGUUUGCUAAAAAAGAGCGUAUGGCUCAGGAUGUGGCCAAUGAUAUAGAGUCGGAACCGAUACGAACCGAUAGAUAUGCAAAAGAAGACGCCGACGAUGAAGACAAAUACAGUUCAGUCAUCCGGACAACUGAUAAUAAUAAUCAGCAAAAAAUGAACCGAAAUAAUAAUCAAAUGGCAAAUCCUCGGCGUCCUAAUAGUAGUGGUGUUGGAACCGGUGGUGGAGGUGGUGGUCGCGGUGGUGGUAGUGGUGGUCGUAAUAAUCGUAGUGUUAACUCAAAUGCUUCUAUGGGUUCCUCUCCAGCAUUCCAUUCCCCUAAAUCUCCAAACUAUCCAAAUAGUAAACAAUUUUCAAAUAAUAGUAACAAUGCAAACAUGACGUCUUCAUAUAAAUCACAAGAGCCUUCAUCUGUGUCCACCACCACAGCUCACAUCUAUUCUAAGAGCGAAGUGGAUGAUCACUCGUCGUCAACCACUUCCCAAACAAAUUCAAUUACUCAACGAAACACUACUAUUGAUGGUCGAAGACCUGCUAAUAAUAGAUAUAAUAAAAAGGAUGACAUGAAUAGUGGUGACAUGAAAUUGAAUAAUGAUUUCAAAUUAAGUCCAAAUAAUGCAGAACUUCAUAAAGAUACUCAAUUAAGUAGGAAUAAUGAGUCUCAAUCCAAACAUACUAAUGCCAGCGUUAAUAGUGGUAACAACACCGCUAAUACCAGUGCUGCUCAAAGUGUCAAAAAUAAAUUACCGGUGAAUAUAGUUAAUAGUAGUAGUAGUAGUAGUAAUGAUGUGACGACAACACAUGUAAAAGAUAAACCAAUUGACACUCAACAGACACAUCAUAAAGUGAAUGAACAAACACCGGUUAAAGAGGAUAAACAAGAAAAAUCAGAUUCAAGUGGUGGUGACUCUGGUGGUGGUGGUACAGAAGUUGCCAAAAAGUCGACACUUAAUCCGAAUGCUAAGACGUUUACGCCUCGUUCACCGAUGUCAUCAAUUAAUCCAUCGGCGACUCCACCAUCAGUUGCAUCGACACCGUCAUCGACGGUGUCUAUACCGCCGCAGCACCAAACGCUAACAGCACCGGUUCAUACAAUGCAACAACAACAGACAAUACCCGUUAGUGGUGUAGCACAUGGAGCCCAGCGCUUCCAAAGUUCUUUAGUGCAACUUCCACCGCAAUAUAAUGUACUACAACCGGGAAUUACACUACCGCUUGGACACAACCAAUACUUGAUGACAAAUAUACCGCCUUCUAUGACACCCACAUAUAGUCAACAGCCUAACGCCAAUCAGUCAAGAAAUUAUCGGUCGAAAGGUCCCCAACAGUACACGCAUGGCGUGCGUCACGAUUUUACACAACAAUCGGCGCACGUUGCCGCCGCUGUUACUGGUCAUCCUGUAUUGGCUACCGCUCCCAUUUCUGCACCGCAACAGAUCCCCGUUACGUACGGUCAUCAGCAACAAACAACUAUGGUGGCACAGCAAGCGCCACCUCAGCACAUGUAUCAACACAUGUAUCAACAAUUUCAUCCCCGUAUGAGUAUGAAUGUGAUGCCUCAACACACGGCUCAGAUGACAAUGGGUGUGCCGCAAGCCGUCCAAUACGAUGCCACACAAUUGCAACAUCUAUACGCAGCCGGUGCUGUCCAAUUGCAACACAUGGUUCAACAACAACAGCCACAUCAACAUAAAUCGCAUCAACAUAUGGGCAACAGUGGUGGCCAUUCAGGACACAGUACCCCACAGUCGGCUACACCGACUACACCGCUUCACGGUAAUGCGCCGACGCCAUCACCGGUUCAUCAUCAGCCUAACCAACCACCUACUCCUACACCACAACAAACUGUUAUGUAUGCAAACGUGGCGCAGGGACACAACCCGAACAAUCAAACGAUAGCACAUCACUCGGGUGCUGGCGCUACCUAUCAUAAUAUAGUUUUGUUGCCAACAUCACAUCAUUCAGGUCCUCAUGGAGGACCUCAUUCUUUAGUUCAUAGCUCUUCAGCUAACCAUCACAAUGCUGCCGGUCCCGGAACCACUAUACUACCCGUACAGCUUAUUACCAACUCUCAAGCCCAGCAGCAAAACAGUUACAAUACCAAUACUGGUAUGCAUAUUAAUGGUUAAAAUCAUUGUAAUUAAUUAAUAAAUAAAUAAUAAUAAUAA